UGCAGUGCCCCCGGCCCACCGGGCGCCGCCCCGCUCCCCGGUCCGAGCCGAGGCCGAACCGGGCCGCCCCCCACCCCGGCCGCGCCCCACGCCCCGCCGGCGUCGCCCGGCCGUUAUUAGCCGCUGCCGCCGGUGGGGAGCGGCCGUUGCCGGGAAGAUGGCGAGUCACAGUCUCCGUCUGCUGCUACUCGGUUACUUGGGGGUCCUGAGCUAUCGUAGAGUGUCUGGAAUUUCCAUUGAAACGGAUAACAAAAAUGUAAAAGCAGAGGAGUUUAAGGAGGCUAUUCUUAGUUGCAAGCACAAAUUUUCAAAAGGAAUGAGCUUAAGAAUAGAAUGGAAGAAAAUCCAGUCACAAGGAGUCUCAUUUGUCUACUAUAAUGGUGAAUUUACAGGUGAUCUUCAAGGCCGAGCAGAGAUGCUGAAUACAGGAAUCCGUAUUAGAAAUGUGACUAGAAAGGAUUCUGGGACCUACCGCUGCGAAAUCAGUGCAAAGAGUGAAGAGGGGCAACGGCUGGGAGAGGCUACGAUUACUCUCACAGUAUUGGUUGCUCCGACUACUCCAGUAUGUGAGGUGCCCAGCUCUGCCAUGACGGGAACAGUAGUGGAAAUGAGCUGUAGGGAGACCGAGGGGUCUCCUCCGUCUGAGUACCAGUGGUAUAAGAACGGUGUUGCCUUACUGGAAAAGACAGGAACAGGCAGCACUAGAGCAGGAAACAUCACCUACACCAUGAAUAAAAAGUCUGGCACCCUGCUAUUUAACACAGUUACAAAGAAUGACACUGGAGAGUAUUUCUGUGAAGCCUCCAAUGGGAUUGGAUUAUCUCAGAAAUGCUCAGUGAAGCGAAUGCAAGUUGAUGACCUUAACAUAAGUGGUAUCAUCGCUGCAGUAGUAUUUGUGGCUCUGGUAAUGGCAUUGUGUGGCCUUGGAGUAUUUUAUGCCCAAAAAAAGGGCUACUUUGCAAAGGGAAGCUCUUCCCAAAAGACCAACUAUCAAUCUACGAGUGAAAAGGAUUUCAAGCAUACCAAGUCCUUUGUUAUUUAGAAGAUUCCAGCCUCUGUGAGGGACAUCAAAUGACUACUUGUUAUACAAAACCAUCAAAGGGAUCUUUUGACCUCUACUCUGUAAAUAUUGUUUCCACAUACUACACGCUGAAUAUCGAAACUGCCAUUGUUUAGAUCUAGUCAACCUGUCUGUGAGUCCUUUAACAAAAAAACAAACAAACAAAACCCAAAAACAGACCACACAAAACUUAAAGAUAGAACUAAAUUGAAUACACAAGACAAACUGUGUGAAGAGUUCUAGUACUCCUUUUGUCCAUGUACACAUACAGCAAUCUGGGAUUCACUUUAUAGCUUGGAACAAUCUGUUAAAAUAACUUGCAUGGAUGACCUUGCUACUGCUACUACUUAUGUCUGCACCAUUGUCAAGGGCUCAAAGUCUCCUGCACUUCCAAAUUAUUAGUACAUUGACAUUGUGUUUCAUUUGCCAAAGCCAUCUAUGAGUGCAUAAGUGGUCAUGCAGACUUAAACUCACUAUCCUGACAGGAUGAGGCUUCCUGUAACUGAGGCUCAAGCAGCAUUUUAUUGUCUAAUAUGAAAUGCCUACAGCUUCUUUUCCAGAAGGAAGUAGAUCUCACUGUAGACUGCAUAUGUAGUUUCAUUCUGAAGAAAAAUCAUGCCAGUACAACUCAAGCUGUAGUAUCUGGACUCUAACUGUUGACAUUUCACAAAUAAAUAGUUCCUCAGAACUUGAA